CCACAAUACACUUGAUCCUUACCUUGCACCCUAAGCAGGCUGGAUUCCUUCGUGGCAUUCAGUUAGGAGACAGUAAAGCUGCUGAGGCCCGCUCUACCGCCAGACACGGCUUCUUGGGUGUUAGCUUCCAGCGCGUCCGCGCAGCGCGCAACAUGGCCCGUCAAAUGUCGCCCGAAGAGUACCAAGAGCUUGGGAAGAGGUACUACAAGCUUAAGGACUAUGAAAAGGGUAUCAAUGUUCUCACGCAGGGCAUUGAAGUUGCUCCCACUCUGGGUCUUUAUGACCACCGUGCAGCCACCUAUGAGAAGCUGAAGGACUUCAAUGCCGCCGUCAAAGAUGGAAGAGAGAUGAUCAAGUUGGAUAAGAAGGAAGUGAAGGGCUAUCUCCGCACAGCGAGUGUGCUGGAGAAGAUGGAGAAGCCGGAAAUAGCGCUUGGUAUUUAUAAAUAUGGCAUGAAGAAUGUCUCUAUUCAUGACAAGAACUUCAAGCUACUUCAGCAGCUGCAUGACAAGAUUACUCGCCAACUAUCGCCCCCUAUAGCCAUGGAUCCAUUCACCGUUCUUCCUGUCGAGCUGGCAGAGAUGGUUCUGGCGUACAUGCCCUUCAGAAACAUGGUAAACUGCAUGCGUGUCAGCAAAGGAUGGAAAGACUACCUUGCGAAGCGUCCCAAGCUGUGGCUGCACUUGGACUUGUCGGGCGCUCGCAAACCAGUUUCUCGCUCAUUCGUUGGCAAUGCCGUUAGACGUUCUCAAAAUCGCCUGACCCGCGCAACCAUCUGCCGCUUCGAGCAUAUGGAUGUGCUUGUGAACAUAGCAAAGGCCUGCAAGGAGCUCGUAGAGCUCGAGUUUAUCACGUUCCCUUACAAAAUGUCCUCCACGUUGAUCGAUAUUGUCCAGUGCGCCCCGGGGCUGAGAAAGUUCAUCGUGCACCCGGUGAUUACGACGAACACGGCGAGGCACAUUCUUCGCUAUGGAAGGAGCUUAGAGCAUGUCGGGUUUAUGGGAGUAGAUUGGACACAUUACAUUACGCUCUGGCAGGGUCCAUUCGAGGCUCUCCACACACUCAGCAUACACAUGGUAAAAUACGGACCUGGGCUGUCGAUGGGGCUGGACUUCUUACUACCUCAGACCCCGAACCUGCAGUACCUGGCACUGUCCAACUUGCCAGGUGACGUUAUGAUGCCCUGGCCUGACGAGAUAUCUCAACUACCGCCGAUGGAAACUCUCGUCUUGAAGCGCGUGCAGUUCGACAGAUUUCCUCUACUUCCUCCAACGCUUCGGCGCCUAGAAGUGGACUAUGACGGAUCAUACAGAUUGGGACCUUAUGAACGCAACAUAAUGCGAUCGCGUGUGCCCAAGCUUACGCAUCUGAAGCUAGGGGGAUUCGAGCUCCGUGCAAAGACAUUGGAAUCCUUCCUGGAUUCAUGGACAGACGAAGAAUAUGUCAUGAUGCAAUCGCCAACUAUGCACCCGCUAACCGAGGCAACACCACUCGAGUCCUUGUCGGUCCGCGGCGUUUUGGGCACUGAGCUUGCGCAAUAUGGCUUGUUCAAAGGCCGUGAAAGCCUGUUUGGUUGCUCGCCUCGCGUCCUCACGCCGGCGUUGUUGUCCCUGGAUAUCUCUACGCUCCCGUGCAACGACGACGAGAUCGAGCAUCUUCUCACGUACAAGACUGGCAUCCAGUCGAUUGACAUUUCCUGCACCAAAAUCACUGGUGCCUCUAUCAAGAUGCUGGUGGAUGGGCUUCCGUCACUAAAGACCAUCAAAGCGGAAGAUUGCCCCAACAUUGGUGGACUGGAUGCGAUACACUAUGCUGAGCGAAGGGGCAUUUCCGUGAGCUGGAAGAUGGGUAAACAAAUAGGAAAGCAACGAGUCAAUUACGGCUAGAUGGUAUUCAUAGCACACUCGCAAUCAAGGGCAGACAGAAUUUCACAAAAAACCAGG